UGUUGCUGUUUAUCUUUAAUCAACACUCAAGGACAUAUCUGUUUCUACACGAUUCCAGAGGCAGUUUGCCCUAAAUACAUUUGGUAGUAUCUGUUUUACUCAUAAUGUCUUACCACAGGGUGCAGGAAUCAAAACAAUGACUGAUAGUGUUGGAUCUGAUCGUCGAAGCGACACAUCUGGGCACGGACCCGGUGGUGUUACUCCAAUUUCUGGAAGAUUAAGGAUGGAUGCUGUGUGUGUAAUUGAUUUAAAUCAAAGUGAGUAUUUAAGUCACAGAAAAAAAGCUUUUGACGAAGUCAGACAAGCUACUGCAGCAGUGAAUUCGAAUUGCCAUCAUGUUCAGUUUGAAAAGCUUGACUUUGGGGAAACAACGAUUUUGGAAACCUUUUACAAUGCUGAUGUGGCUUUAGUGGAUUUAUCAAACCAAGUUCAGCAAAGUGCCUUGUUCUAUCAUUUGGGUGUCAGAGAAAGCUUUGGCAUGAAGGAAAAUAUCUUACUUUACAAUGAUAUAGACCCCGGACUUACUUUAAUGCUCAAGAGGUCAUGUAGCAAUUACACAUUUGUGUCCUAUCGUACUCUUGAGUGUGGAACAUGUGUUGAGACUGACCCAUCAGCAGCCCGGUUGGGAUGUGGGGAAGAUUCUGGACCAGAACCAGGCUUCAAAAUUCAGUUAUCAAUUAAGUUGAGAAGGCUUUUACAAGAUGUUGAAGUACAAUCCAAGGCUCAUAUGAAGGAGAAAUUCCUUGCAGAUUUAAGAAAGGCAAGAGAAACAUGGACAGGUCAAGAGCUGAUAAGGGCUCUUCAGGGGAUGAGAAGAAGGCUUGAUGACCCGAAUAUUCUUUCGGGGGAUGUUAUUCUCAACAUGUUAAUAUCUUUCAGAGAGGUUCAAGAUUACGAUGCAAUGGUAACAUUGUUAGAGGACCUGAAAACAGUACCGAACCGUCGUCAUUACACGCAUACACCAGCCAUUCGGCAUUUGUAUGCCUUCGCCCUGAACCGAAGAAACCGAGAAGGCGAUCGUGAGCGAGCUCUGGAAGUGAUGAAAAAGGCAUUAGAAAAGAAAGAAAAUCAUGUCCCCGAUAUCUUGUGUCUAUGUGGACGAAUCUAUAAAGACAUUUUCGUCGAGUCGCAACAUACUGAUAUGGACAGCUUGCAGAAUGCCAUUCACUGGUACAGAAAAGGUUUUGAAGUGCAACCCAACGAGUACGCGGGAAUCAAUUUGGCCACACUGCUAGUUAUAGCAGGGAACGAGUUCUCCAAAUCGGAGGAACUGCAACACAUUGGCAUGGUACUAAAUAAUCUGAUUGGGCGCAAAGGAUCCCUUUCGUCGCUUAAAGAUUAUUGGGACGUAGCAACUUUUUUCGAGAUUUGCGUCUUGGCCGAAGAUUAUGGCAAGGCCGUCCAGGCAGCUGAAUGCAUGUUUAAGCUCAAACCUCCCAAUUGGCAUUUGAAGUCAACUAUUGGAAACAUAACGUUGAUUAAUCGUUUUCGUCAUAAAUCGGAUGAAAGCACCGGUGGAGCUGGUGAAUCAACGCCAUCCCCUGAAGAGCAAGUUUUCAAUUUCUGGCUAGAAUAUUUCGUCGAAGCCACAAAAGCAGAAACAGAGGAAACGAUUCGCUUCCCUAUUGUUAUCGUGGAACCUACCAAAGUGUUCAUGCCUUCGUAUGUUAACGUCCAUUUGGGAGCGGAGGAGAAGUCUCUGGAAAUCUGGAACAUGUGCCUUGACAGUUUAUUGGGCAAGUGCCGCCAAGUUCACCAUUGGCUCUUCACUGCCGAAAUGAUCAAGAGCGUAUCGCUUUACAAACGCGAUGAACGUUGCCUUUUCCUUUACGUCCACCAAAACUCGGAUGAUUUUCAAAUGAUCUUCCCAUCGGCUGCCUGUCGCCAAAUGUUUUAUGAUCUGGUUCUCCAGCUUACCGCCGACCUUGGCGAAGCUUUUACAGAUCUCGAUAGUGACUUGACACCCGGUGCGAUUCGUUACGAAUAUGAACUAGACGACCAGAGUAGGCGAGUUGUGCUGGGAAAGGGUACCUAUGGUGUGGUGUACGCAGCUCGAGAUUUUGACACUCAAGUAAGAAUCGCUGUCAAAGAGGUGCCAGAAAAAGAUAUCGGUGAAGUACAGCCCCUUCACGAAGAGAUUCGACUCCAUUCGCAGCUACGUCAUCGAAAUAUCGUCAAAUAUCUCGGUUCCAUCUCUGAAGGAGGCUUUUUCAAAAUUUUCAUGGAGCAAGUGCCUGGUGGGAGUCUUUCCGAACUAUUACGUUCGAAAUGGGGUCCUCUCAAAGAGAACGAAGCAACAAUUGCGUACUAUACGCGGCAGAUUUUGCAAGGACUUAAGUACCUACAUGACCAAAAAAUUGUACAUCGUGACAUCAAAGGCGAUAAUGUCCUCGUCAAUACGUAUAGUGGUGUGGUUAAAAUAUCCGACUUUGGCACCUCAAAACGUCUCGCUGGUCUAUGUCUUAGCACGGAAACAUUUACUGGCACCUUACAGUACAUGGCGCCUGAAGUUAUCGAUAAAGGUCAACGUGGCUAUGGAGCUCCAGCAGAUAUUUGGUCUCUCGGUUGUACUAUUGUCGAAAUGGCAACCGGUAAACCUCCGUUUAUCGAAUUGGGAUCACCCGAGGCCGCCAUGUUUAAGGUGGGCUACUACAAAAUGCACCCCGAGAUUCCUGUAGAAAUGUCAGAUCGAGCCAAACAUUUCAUUCUGCGUUGCUUCGAGCCCGAUCCAGAUCGACGAGCAACUGCCGCAGAAUUAAUGGAGGAAAACUUUCUAUCCGAGAAGAAAAAGAUGGGGCGCCUUCCAUCGAAUCAAGAAUACAGCCGAAGUGUUUCUGUUCCUGUCGGGGAUCGUUCCAUGCUCCGAACUGAACGUGGUAGUCACUUACCAAGAAUGGCAAGCUCUCCCGAGGAAAACGGAUUUGCUUACAUGACAACAAAAACAAGCCCAGCCAAUACAUCUAUACAUUCGCCAAUGUCAUCGCCGGUCACGGUCCCAGCGCAGUUAAGCUUUACGACUAGCACUGUGAUGUCAUUGGACGAGGAUUCGCAUGUCGGCGGAAGACGAAGCUCUGCAAACAGCCAUGGAACAAAUACUGGACCGUCAUCAGGUUAUAUGAGUCCCUUUCCUCUUAGCCCUGAGGUCGAUGGUUGCUCGUCUAAAGGCGGGGGCAUUUUAGGUGAAGGAGUCGAACUUUCUCCGGAAGAUGGGUUUUACACACUGAAAAAAGAUUCUCAGCGACGACAGACGUUGACGCGCGUCCUUUCGCAAGAUGGCAAAAAGAUAUGUGAAGUUUGGCUUCGCUCGUUGGAACGUGAAGUUGGGCAAACUCCGCUGACUGCACCGCACUUACUGACGUUGAUGCGAGGCCUGCGUGAUUUUAUUCCGGAACAAAACAAAUCUGCAAUUGAAGCAGCAAUAAGCACGCUUCGAGAAGAAGUCGACUUUGACGUGCUUGCCCUUAAUCACAUUCAGCUGGCGUUGUACCUGUUCCAGGAUGCAGUCAAUGCCGUUUUGCGAAUGCACAGUAUCAAACCUCAUUGGAUGUUUGCCUUGGACAAUUUAGUUCGCAGCGCUGUGCAGGCAGCAAUAACAGUUCUUAGUCCAGAGUUGGGUGCAAACCUGGCCGGUGGUGAAUCCCGACGGAUAAAAAGUGAUGACAGGGACAGAGUGGACGGAAAUGGCGAGGGAAAACAGCUUGAAGCCUGGGAAGAGGCGGGAGAGAGAGUAGAAGAAGGAUCAACCUCAGGAGUUUCAACAAUCAACUCAAACAAAUCGCCAAAAGAACCCACAGAUCAUGAGAGACUUCGAGAUGAACUCAAGAGUACCUUAGAAACAGUGCAGCGCGAAAACUUGCGUCUAAUGCACGAGUUGCUGGACACACAGCGUAGUUACCAGAACACUUUGCUAGCUACACUGUCUCAUCAACAGAUGCAAAGACAACUGCUUCAGAAUCUUUUGCCGUCGAGACCACCGCCGGAACGAGUUGUCGAAAGUGAUCCCGCCCUUGACCCGUUGCUCGUCUCCUGGUUAGAAGGCAACGGUUUGGAAGACAACGAAAUAGCGUUGUUCACUUCGGAAGGCUAUCUUUUGGCUGAUGUCAUUGCAUUCUUUACGAGAGAAGAUCUUCGAAGACUUGGCUUGCGCGGUGGUAGCGAAUUACGACUGUGGAGAGCAAUUUUAGAACAGCGAACCCAAUCGACCGUGACUUGAAGUCAAAGAGUACCAAGUGUUCAACCUCAUGUUGAGCUAAUUGAAACUUAAUUCUGCAUGUCUCGUGUGGUCGUAUAAUAGUUUUUGAAUGAAACCAAAUCUGCCUUCUUUUUCUUCCAGUUGUUCCCGUCUUUCCAGGAUUUCUUAGCGUUUUUUUUGCCUUUUUAGCUAAGAGACGUUGUAGUCACCUGCCAUGUGCCAUAGUUUUAAUUCAUUCUUCUGGCUCCUAUUCUCACAUGGUUCGCCAACAAACUCAUCUUGUAAAUUCGUCCAAUUCAUCUCCCAUUCGCAUGGUCAUGUCCACCGUAAUACAAACCUUUUACCAUA